GGCUCGGAGCUGCGGUUCGUCUCCAUUGUGCUCCCCCACUCUUCGCCUCGCUCGCCCACUCCUGCUACCGUACUGGGUACGACCUCUUCUGCUUCCUCUGCUCCUUCCGACCCUUAUCCUGCUCCUUACCGUACCAAUUUUCCCUUUGCUUGCCACUGCGGUACCCUGUUCUGUAGGGCUGCUCUGGAUUAUCUCCGAGUUGCUUUGUCAUGACCUUGUAAUUCGGACGUCACCAAUCCCCACGAGCGAUCCAUCGCCAACCUGGCUGUGCGAGACAGAAAAGACGGAGGCAGCGGUGCCAAAGAAGUGACAAGAGGACCUACUAUCUCACCCGCCCUUACCACACAUCCGUAGGGCUUUGAAGAUAGAGCGUGGUUGAAGCCACCGAGCACGCACGAAUCUUUCGUCCCCUCCCUCCUUCACUUGCCCUACCUUGUCAACACCCCUCCCCCAACCCCUCUCUCUUUUCUCCAUAUCCUCCUCCCAUAGAAAGGAUCGAGAAUCGGCAGGAAAGGCGAGGAAGGGAGAAUAACCGGGGAAAAGAGGAGAAAAAGGCUAGGGAUAGACUGAACGGCACCAUGACUCGCCACGAGCAAAGGCAGCGGACGAACUCGGCCACUUCGUUUCAUUCGUUAAACUCGUCGCGCUACAGUCCAGAGAUGACCAUGCCUUCCGUUUCCCAGGGUGUGCGGAACGUUAUCCACGUCCCCGCGAGACCGCGCAAGUGAGUUCUUCCUGUCGGGGGCUACAUGUUCAAUUUGAAUCCCGAAUUCCAGAUUCCCCCCCCCUCUUUCUUCUCCCAUCAUUGUUAAUGUUCACCGCUAUUUCCUGUGAAUCGGUAUCUUUUUUUCUUUUCUUUUUCUUUUGGGUGCGAAUGUCCGGGGGAGUGGCAGGCCCGUGUACCCCGUCAUGGGUCUCAUUGAGCGCUGACGCGAUGUUUAUGCGGUAUCCCGCAUGAUUCGCUGGGCACCUUAUAGAUUUGACAGAGAACAUAACGUUUCUCCUAGUUCUUUCACGCCCUCCCCACCUCUCUCUUCGCCCAACGCUGUUUCUAUGAUGAAUCUAGGCGAUCACCGUCGCGAUCUUUCCGUCUUGCAGACCCCCCCUUUCGUCCUCCGGCAAAACCCUCCUUCCUCUUCGAACUCUGCUAAUGGUACUGCAAAUUCUGCCGUUACUCCAUCAACUUACCUCAACAAUAACUCCUUUGACUCGCACGAUCAGUUUGGACUUUCGCCACCUGUUCGCCCGGGCACCGCUCCGUCCGCGGGAACCCAGAAUCCGAGUGAUGGUUACUUUUCAAUUGACGACCGAAGGCCUUCGGUCGCCUCUGUCGUUACUAAUGCCUCGUCGACGGGUUCAAAGUCGUCUAUAGGUAAAUCUUUUUACACUGGCUACAAGAAGAUUUUUGGUGACAAUGACAACAAUAAUGCGGGGGAGAGUCCUGGAUCUUCUGAAACGUCCCUACCACCGAAUGCCACUCCUCGUUCGCAUUACGGAUUUCCCAGGCCAACCACUCCCACAAACUCGCGGCCAAGGACGCCCUUGCCCUCUUCCGAUGUGGUACCGUUCAUUUAUCAAGAUCCAGAUGUGAGUGGUGUGGGUAGAUUAGCUGUUUGUAGAGGAUAGCCGCUUAUACUUUAAUUCUUUUUGAAUUUUAUAGGAUAUUCGUCGCUUGGGCGAUGCUCCUGUUCGUGAUGCUCCAAUUGUCGAUAGGCAGAGGUACGGUUCUGAGGACGCGAGUGCGUCAUCAUCCCAUAGCCACAGGUUACAUUUGCAUAGGAACAGGAAUAAGGAGAGGGAUAAGGAGAAGGACAGGGCUGUUGAGAAGGAGCUGCCCCCUAGACCAUCGUCGGCCAGCAAGGACUCAGCAUCGUUGCCGGGUCAAGACUACCGGAGGGGCUUAAGGUUGCAUUUGGAUGGAACGGCCUCCUCGCACUCGUCUCAGACGAGGUUGAUUAGACCCGGUUCACCGACCCCGUCAAUAGCGAGUUCUUUGUCCAACAACCCGCCUAAAUCCCCUGGCGAAUAUGCCCAGAAGAAAACGUCGUUGUGGGACAAGAUUUGGAAGAAGGAUAAGGAUCAGAGCGGGGAAUCCGAGAAGGAAGCCUCGAUAAGGUCCAAGAGGUCUAAAAUUUCCGAUAAGCCAACCGAUCCUUUGAGUGUUUCUACCAGUGGUAUCUCCCCCGUUCAUACCACCCCAAAGAGGGGCUCCGGGGGUAACGAAUUUGUCAAUCCUCGUACAUUUGAAUACGCUCCAGUUGAGCAGAUGCCGGCCCGAAAGCAGAUAACCGGGAAAGCCCCCGAGAGCUAUGGUAGAGUGAGGGCAGCAAAGAGGGGAGUUCUAUAUGAGGCACCUGGUGGGAAGGAUCUGGGAUCCAAUAGGAGGGGUCGUGGAUCCAAGGGCUCCGAGGAGGCUGGGACAACUUUCCAACUUGAUUCCGACUUCUCGAACAUACACGACAUUGUUAAGUUGCCUGGACCCGCCCAGGCUUCUGAUCCGGGCCCGGACAAUCCUUGUCUUACCCACGAAGAGAUGGCACCAGCACGUAGCGAUAUCACGUGGAAGCCCCCCGAGAGUUGGGAUUCUGUGGAUCCCGAGAAUGUGAUACCGGAGAAGACUGCAGAGGACGAGGGGGGGGAAGAAGAUGCGCAGGUACUCAUUUGGAGUCAUCCAUUAUGUUUAUGCUUGGUGUUUGAGGACAUGGGCUAAUGGUUUUAGUAUUGCAUUCGGGUUUUCAGGGCAGACUCAACUUUUGCAACACUUUCUUGUAGGUUGCAAACCUCUGCUACGGAAGUCCUAAAUUUGCUUGGAAGGAAGUCUUUCUUGCAGGACGACUUGAAGAAUUACCAGAUCGUUAUGAGGAAGAAUGGGGUGCAACGGAUACUUGGCCCCAACGAGAGGCCUCUUAAGAUUCAGAAACAAUUGCUUGAACAGGCCGGCUAUACUGAGGAUGACCAUCUGGAUGAAAUUGGACGCGAGGAUCAUAGCUAUAUGUGCCGUUUCACUUUCAUGAUGUCUCGGAUGAGAAACAAUUACUCCUUGGUAUGAUUUCCUGGCUUUCUUCUUCUUGCCUCCCCUCCCCCUAUGUUUGAGGUUGUCCGGACUAACUUUGGGGGACUUGCAGGACCAGGACCCUGGACUGGGAAAAUUGCAGAAAUAUAGCCAUGUUGACCUUCAAGGCCGGAAUCUACUAGCAAUACCUAUUGCCCUCUAUCAUCAUGCGGGAGAAAUCAUCUCACUAAAUCUGUCUCGAAAUCUCUCACUCAAUAUACCAACUGACUUUAUCCAACAAUGUGUCAAUUUGAGAAAAAUCGAGUUCCAGGGCAAUGAAGCAGAAAAACUCGCGCAGAGUAUAUCAGCUGCAUCAAGGUUGACCUACCUGGACGUUUCCAAUAACCGUUUGGAGGAAUUAGAUCAUGCAUCUUUGGAGAAUCAUGCAUCGCUGGUCGCUUUGAAAAUGGCCAAUAAUCGGCUUCGAUCGUUGCCGGAUACAUUUAGCCAGUUCAAGAGCCUGAGAAGUUUAAACCUCUCUUCCAACUACCUCGCCGCGUUCCCGCCAUUUAUCUGCGAGUUGCUUACUUUGGUGGAUCUCGAUAUCUCGUUCAAUUUGAUCAAGAGUCUUCCGUUGGAGAUUGGACAGCUUGGGAAUCUUGAGCGUUUUAUUGCAACCAACAAUAGACUUACCGGAUCUCUCCCGCCUACAUUUUCCCUGCUGAAUGGGUUGAAGGAACUAGACUUGCGUUACAAUAGCCUAGUCAAUGUUGAUGUUGCGGCAGAUCUACCGAAAUUGGAGACUUUGCUCACUGGUCACAAUGCCAUUUCCGGAUUCCAGCACUCGUUCCCCAAGUUGCGAGCCUUAAACUUGAAUUCGUGUCCUGUUACCAGAUUCAAUUUUCCAUCGGCUAUGCCGACACUGAAGUUUCUCAGUUUACAGAAUGCAAAGAUCGCGGCAUUGGCAGAGACUCUUUUUGAGAGGUUGCCUAACCUGGAGCGACUUGUUCUGGACAAAAACCAUAUCGUCUCUUUCCCACCGCAGAUAUGCAAACUCAAGAAGCUGGCGCAUAUGAGUUGUUUCAAUAAUAAGCUUGCAUCACUACCCAAGGAGAUCGGGCAGCUAACGGAUUUGCGUGUUUUGGAUCUGCACGAGAAUAAUCUGAAAACACUUCCGGGGGAGAUUUGGCAGAUGGCUAAUUUAGUAACGUUGAAUUUGUCCUCCAAUCUCCUCAGGGAGUUCCCAAAGCCGGUAUCGAGUCCGGCUGCGCAGUCGCCCUCGAUAGAGACCACCUCAAUUCUAUCAUCGGGCAAGGAUGAUGAGACGAUAAGGCUGGAUAAUUCGAGGAGGCCUUCGCAAGCUUCCGGCGGCCUACUGAGUGUUGGCAGCUCACCUGGUGGAAGUGGCAGGAAAGGCUCAUUGGUUUCAAUUUAUGGCCCUGGGGGAAGGAAGGCGUCUGUUAUCUCCGGAUCUGGCUCUGAACAUGGCACAACUGGAACCCAUCCUAGCACAAGAAAGGAUUCCGCCGCCUCAAGCCGUAUCUCCAACACAUUCGCUUUCUCCCUUCGGCAUCUCCACAUUGCGGAUAACAAACUUUCUGACGAGGUCUUUGAGCAAUUAUCUUUGUUGUCUGAAUUGAGGAUCUUGAACCUGUCCUACAACGAGAUUUAUGAUAUCCCUUCACGAGCGCUGAGUAGAUUGUCGCUGCUCAAUGAGCUCUAUUUGUCUGGGAACGAGUUGACGAGUCUACCGGCAGAGGAUCUAGAACAUGUGGCGUCACUCAAGGUGUUGCACAUCAACUCUAACAAGUUCCAAACCUUGCCUGCAGAGCUUGGUAAGGUCAGGAAGCUAUUGGUAUUAGAUGUUGGUAGUAAUGCCUUGAAGUACAAUAUCUCCAACUGGCCAUACGAUUGGAACUGGUAAGUCUUUCCUUUCUCCCUGGGACUACAUCACUUGCUAACCAACGUUUAUUCAGGAAUUGGAACCUGGACCUCAAGUACCUGAAUCUGUCAGGUAACAAGCGUUUAGAAAUCAAGCCCGAUCGCGGCUCUGGUUCUGGACGUGAGCGUAGCAUUACCGAUUUUAGUCAGCUAUCCAAACUCCGGGUUCUGGGCCUGAUGGAUGUCACCUUGACAAUACCUAAUGUGCCUGAAAAAACUGAGGAUCGCCGUGUUCGCUUAUCGACAUCGAUGGUCCGUUCAAUGGCGUAUGGGAUGGCUGAUUCGUUAGGGAGGAGUGAGCAUCUGUCGAUGAUUGAUAUGGUUAUUCCAAUGUUUCGUGGGAAUCGCGGUGAAUGCGUGAUUGGGCUCUUCGAUGGGCAAGCCCUCUCGACCGGAGGGAGUAAAAUUUCGAAAUACCUGCACGAGCAGUUGGAUACAUUUCUAAAGGAUGAAUUGGACAAGCUUCGCCCCGACGAGAAACCAGGGCGAGCUUUGCAUCGUGCAUUCCUCAAUAUGAACAAGGAGAUGGCUACGGUGGCAAUGCAGACAAUGGACGAAAAGAGCCUCAGUGGGGUCGGCUCGCAUCGGGGGUGUCCGGCUUCUGGCGCAUUCCUUGGCCCAGAUGAUCUUGUCUCCGGUGGAUCAGCCACGGUUGUUUACAUGGAAGGCAACAACCUCUACGUUGCCAAUGUGGGAGAUGUCACGGCUAUGCUGGUUCAGUCGAGUGGGGAACAUGAUAUACUGACUAAAAAGCACAUGCCUGGGGAUCCGCAGGAAUUGGAGAGGAUUCGUGAUGCUGGAGGCUAUGUUUCAAAGAGUGGGAAGCUAAACGAUGUACUUGAUGUGUCUCGCGCCUUUGGUUAUUACCAUCUUAUGCCCUGCGUCAAUGCCGCGCCUCAUAUUCACGAGACAAGGAUCACGGAUCAGGAGGAGUUGCUUAUUAUUGCUAGCAAGGAAUUGUGGGAGUAUAUUAGUCCGCAGGCUGUUGUCGAUCUCGCACGUUCGGAGAGAGAUGAUUUGAUGCGGGCUGCCCAUAAACUAAGGGAUAUUGCUAUUGCAUACGGCGCGGCGAGCAAAAUUAUGGUCAUGAUACUUAACGUUGGGGAUCUCAAGAAAUCCAAAAGUAGGAUGCGCACCCAGUCGAUUUCUGUGGGUCCUAGGCAGACAUAUCCCGACGAAGAGGCACUAUUCCCAUCGGUGAAGGCUCAGAAAAGGAGAGGGAAGAACGAGAUUCCGGAUGACUUCACGUUGGCUCGUCUCGAUGCUGAGGUAAAGGCGCCUGAGGGGGACUUGGCUAUGGUGUUUACGGAUAUCAAGAACUCAACCUUGCUAUGGGAAACGUACCCGACGGCGAUGCGUUCCGGUAUCAAGCUGCAUAACAGUAUCAUGAGACGGCAAUUGAGAAUUGUGGGGGGCUAUGAGGUUAAGACUGAGGGUGAUGCCUUUAUGGUUUGCUUUCCAACUGCCACUUCGGCGUUGCUUUGGUGCUUUAGUGUUCAGGCAAUCCUACUGGAUGCGCCCUGGCCGUCGGAGAUCGUUGAGUCAAUCCACGGCAGUCCUGUUCAGGACGCCAACGGUCAUCUUAUCUAUCGGGGUUUGUCGGUACGAAUGGGCAUCCACUGGGGCGCUCCUGUGUGUGAACCGGAUCCGAUUACGCGUCGCAUGGAUUAUUUCGGACCUAUGGUCAACCGCGCCUCUCGCGUCACGUCGGAAGCGGAUGGUGGUCAAAUAACGGUCAGCUCUGAUUUCGUCGCUGAAAUCAAUCGGUGUGUUAAGGCCUAUCAGGAUUCCGAGCUGGUUGGAAUGCUGUCACCUGAUGAUCCCUUUGGGGACGAGUCGCUUGCGCAAACCAUUGGCAGAGAGCUCAGAACGCUGAGCAGUCAAGGCUUUGAGGUCAAGGCACUCGGAGAACGUAAACUCAAGGGGCUUGAGAAUCCAGAAUUCGUCUACCUGAUGUAUCCUCAGUCACUCGUGGGCCGUUUGACCAGCUUGGGACCUCCUAAAGGUGAGGUUUCAAAGACGACCAUUGAUCCGGCCGAUAUCUGGGCUUUAUGGGAAAUCUCUCUUAGGCUGGAAGGAUUGUGUUCAUCGCUCAAUACCAACAGUGCGCCAUUCCUGAAGCCACGCGGAGUUGACAUGACCACUAGAUUGAAGCUCGCGGGGGAGAAUGCUACAGACCAGGUUUUAAUGCCCUUCUUUGAGCAUAUAGUCACCCGCAUCGAGGUAAGUGGUUUGUUUCUGAUCCUGAUUUUCUAAACUAACAUGUAACUAGAGCUCCAUGACAACACUCUUCCUUCGUAGGGUCCUCGCACCGCCAGGCUCUAGCAUACAGGAGACGGCGUCCCCCUUAAUGGAUUUGCUUUCGGCCCUCGAAGCGAGGGCAGGUGUUAAUAUCAGCGGAAGAGCGGUCGCAUCUGCAACCUAUGGUGGGGUUAGCUCCUCGGCAUCGUCUUCCUAUUCUGCUUCAUAGCGGAUCUAUCGUUACUAUCGCGAUUAGGAAGGGAAGAAGAAUGGUCUGUCCAUUCGGCUACCAUCGCAUCGUGUUUACAUGUUUUGUCCUUUUACUUUUUUUUUUUUUUGCUUGUUUGCUUGGUUGAUUGCUUGUUCGGGUGGUUUCGGCGAAAUGGGGUUGUACUGGUUUCUUCUCGUCUAUUUUCUCUGCUAGUUGCUUUUCCUCAAAUGCUUUUACUAGUUCUCCGGGUGUCCGCUUGUAGCAUUCGUAUAAUCCAUCCUUACACACAUGGGAAUUAUAUUUUUGCGUUCCACGUGUUUCUCCUAUUUUUUUUGCCUAAUUGUUUGUUUACUGGGCGCGAAAACAAAAGUUGGAUUUACUUUUUUCCUUUCGUUUUUGUUUGGUUUGGGUUGCUUAGGCUGGGUGUGGUUGGUUGGUUGGAUAGGAAUUUGAUUUUUCUUCUCAGAAUUGGUUGCUUGCUUUUCUGGUGCGGUCGUGUGUUUACGUGAUAUCAUCUUCUAGGGUUAGCGUUGCGGUGUAUAUGUGUAAUGAGGUGGAUGACUUUUGCUCGAGUACCUAUUAAACAUAUCGGGCUGUAUUGUAUCUCAGUAGUGGAAUUCCGAUUAUACGUAGAGUUAGUGCCUGCUUGUUCAUGAACGAUCACUCGUUGGAUUAAGAUUAUGCCUAUAAUCUUACCCUGCUUGUGUUUGCGUUGGCUGUUGGGGUUUUGGGGGGUUUGGGGGUCUUUUCUUCUUCUUGUUUCGCAUUCGAUAUCAUGUGCUGCACGUGUGUGCCAGAAUUAAUGAUGGAAAUCACCCUGUUAUACCACUAACGCAACUUCUUCCCGUCGA